AUGACUCAUGCUGAAUGCUGCCGUGGUGGUUUAUAUGAUUUUAAAAUUUCAUCUCCACCUGAUAAAAGAGAAUUACAUGGUGAUAUUGUUUUAUGCUCAUUAGGUGUUCGUUAUAAAGGGUAUUGUUCAAACAUUGGCAGAACAAUAUUAUUUGAUCCUGUAAAGAAACAAGAAACAAAUUAUAAAUUUUUAUUAGAAUUACAAAGUCUUAUUAUGGAAUGGUGUAGAGAUGGAGUUAGAUUUCGUGAUGUGUACAAUAAAGCACAAAAUCACAUAAAGACCAAACGACCCGAACUUUUAGAAAAUUUUGUUAAAACUCUUGGUCAUGGGAUUGGCAUAGAGUUUCAUGAAUCGGCAUUUUUAUUAAGUCCAAACAGUGAUAAAGUCCUAAAGAACGGAAUGGUUUUAAAUCUAUUUGUCGGGCUUCAAAAUAUAAAAAACCUUAAAGCAAAAGAUGAUCAAACGAAAAAUUAUUCAUUGUGGAUUAUUGAUACAAUCAAAAUUUCAAAUGGUACAUGCCAUUACAUGACAGAUGGAAAUAGAAAAAGUGACAGUACCACAUUCUUUAUUAAUGAUGAAGAAGAAGAGAAUAAAAAAGAUGAUAAAAAAGGCAAAAAGCCAGCCAGUCGUCCUCAAAUUGCUGACCAAAACAGGCCUAGCACAAGGAAUAGUGCGAUACUUAAAUCUAAAUUUAGAAGCGGGGACAAAGGUGAAGAUGAUAGUGCCAAGAGAAAAGAGCAUCAAGCUGAGCUGGCAAGACAAAAGCAAGUUGAUGGCUUAGCUCGCUAUGCUGAAGGGUUAGAUCAAACUACAGAUCAAAAAGAAGUAGUAUUGAAAACAUUUGAAAGCUAUAGACGUGACACAGCAAUCCCCAAAGAAAUUUAUGUUGAUCAGCGAAAUGAAACCGUCAUUAUCCCAAUAUUUGGUUAUGCAGUUCCUUUUCAUAUUGCCACAAUAAAAAAUGUCCAUAAAUCAGAAGAGGGUGACUACACAUAUUUACGUGUAAACUUUUUGACACCGGGACAAGCUACUGGAAAAAAAGAAGAUAUGCCAUUUGAUGAUCCAACUAUCAGUUACAUUCGUUCAUUAACAUUCAGAAGCACAGAUGAUUAUAUGGGUGAAGUAUAUAAAAAAAUAGUUGACCUCAAGAAAAAUUCUGCCAAAAAAGAAGCAGAACAAAAAGAAAUGGCAGACUUAAUUGUGCAAGAUAAAUUGGUAGAAGUUAAAGGGCGAAGACCAACUCAUAGACUAUCCGAGGUAUUUGUAAGGCCAGAAUUGGAAGGCAAAAAAGUAACUGGUGACUUGGAUAUUCAUGAAAACGGCAUCCGUUAUACAUCACGUCGUUCAAACCAGAAAAUAGAUGUGCUAUUUAGCAAUAUUAAACAUCUAUUCUUUCAACCUUGUGACAACGAAUUAAUUGUAAUAUUGCACAUACACUUAAACAAUCCAAUUAUCUUUGGAAAGAAAAAGGCUAAAGAUAUUCAGUUUUUCCGUGAAGCAUCUGACAUUCAAUUUGAUGAAACUGGUAAUCGUAAAAGGAGAACCAAAUACGGCGAUGAAGAUGAGAUUGGUGCAGAACAAGAAGAAAAUAAAAGACGCUUUUUGUUGAAUAAAGAUUUUAAAAGUUUUGCCAAUAAAAUUGCAGAGUCCAGUGAUGGAAAAGUGUAUGUUGAUGUUCCUUUUAGAGAUAUUGGUUUCUCCGGUGUCCCAUUUAAAACCAAUGUAUUAUUGCAACCAACGACUGAUUGUCUUGUUCAUUUAGUGGAUUUACCUUUUUUGAUUAUAACAAUGGCUGACGUGGAAGUAGUAAAUUUGGAAAGAAUACAAUAUGGUUUAAAAAAUUUCGAUAUGGUUUUAAUUUUUAAAGAUUACUCACGUCCACCAAUACAUAUCAACACUAUUCCAAUGAGUCAAUUAGAAGGUGUAAAAGAAUGGUUAGAUUCAAUAGAUAUAUUAUUUUACGAAGGGACACUUAAUUUAAACUGGGCACAAAUAAUGAGAAAUAUUAACAAAGAUCCAGCAGGAUUUUAUAAUAAUGGUGGCUGGUCAUUCUUGGAUAUGGAUGAAAAGGACGGUGAUUCUGAUGCACCAUCAGACUCUGCAAGUGAAUUUGAGCCAACAGAAAGUGAGGAAGAGGAUUUCGAAAGUAGUAGCGAUUAUGAAGAUGAAGCAGAAGAAUCCGUUAAUAGCGAGUCAGAAGGAGAAAGUGAUGAUGACGAAUCUAUAGUAGAUUGGGAUGAAUCUGAAGAAAAAGUUCGUACAAAUACAAACACAAAUACAAAUAAAAAAGUUCGUCGACGUUAA